AUGGCCAAAGAUAGUGGAACAUCAAAAGUGUCUGGUGAAAAAGUAAGCAAAUUGAGUUUGGUAGAUUUAGCCGGAAGUGAACGAGCUCAGAAAACCGGGGCUAUGGGAGAUCGAUUAAGAGAGGGCAGUAAUAUAAAUAAGUCAUUAACUACAUUAGGUUUGGUAAUAUCAGCACUUGCAGAGUCUGGUAAAAGCAAGAAUAAAUUUGUGCCAUAUAGAGAUUCAGUGCUCACCCGAUUACUAAAGGAUAAUUUAGGAGGUAACAGUCGAACUGUCAUGGUGGCAACGAUAAGUCCGGCUGCUGAUAACUACGAGGAAACAUUGUCCACGCUGAGAUAUGCCGACAGAGCAAAGAGAAUUGUUAACCACGCGGUCGUGAAUGAAGAUCCAAAUGCGAGAAUUAUACGUGAACUAAGAGAGGAAGUUGAUCAUUUACAGAAGGAGCUUAAAGAAGCACAGAGCAUGAAAGCUCCUGAUUUGAAGGAGAAGUUAGAAGAAUCUGAGAAAUUGUUGAAAGAAAUGAGAAAAACCUGGGAGGAAAAAUUGGCAGAGACUGAAAAAAUACAAGUGGAAAGACAUAAAGCAUUAGAAGAGAUGGGUGUAUCCGUGGAAACGUCGGGGAUAAAAGUUCAACACAGUAGAUACUUCCUAGUCAACCUCAAUGCUGACCCAUCGCUUAAUGAACUUCUAGUUUACUAUUUAAAGAAGUAUCAUAAAGCCCUGAAUUGCAAGGGAGUGAGUGGGGGAAAGGGGGAAAGGGAGGUAACCACAGCUAAAUGUAGUCCAGCAAGCAAGAACACCAUGUUAUCAUAA